GUAAAUAGAAUUCUAUACUGUACUUGUAUUUCAGUCCAACAACAGGAGAAUAAUCUUAGCAAAAUGAAAGCUGUCGUGUUCUGCGCCUGUAUCUUGGUACUUUAUACUUUUAGCUCAGUUGAAGCUAUACAGAACAAGUUGAAACAUAUGCUUUCUGAGGAAGACAACGAUCGUCCUAUCGAUAUCUGCCUGACUCAAUUUAACAUGACAAUACUUGACCUAUACACAGAGCCUGAAAUAAUGAAUGAAGAAUACACUAAGCCCGAAAACGAAGAGAAGAAUAGAAAAAAUGGUUGCCUCUUGGAAUGUUUGUUAAAAAAACAGGGUUUUAUGGAAGGAUCAGACAUCAACGAGACUAAAAUUCAUACACAAAUGAAUACAAAAUUUGCUAAUGAUCCGAUGCUAGGCAAAAUGCACACGACUGUACAUAAAUGCGUGAAAGAAAUAAAAAAGAACAAUAUUACACAAGAAUGUGAAAAAGGUUUUUAUUUACUUACUUGUAUGAUGAAAGGGAUGUAUAAAGCAAAGAAGCAUGAUGAACAUGAAUCUGAACAUGAACAUACAACUUAGUUACAUACAACUGAGAUAUAUAUAUAUAUAUUGUAUGUAUGUGGGUGUAUAUAUAAUAUAUAUCUAUACAAUCAACAAUGUAAAUCAAUUAUCCAAUAAAAGUUGAAUACAAAACAUAUUUUAAAUAAAAA